ACGCCGUCAUUUUUGUGUGCGAAAAGCGUUCGGUCGGUCAACCUCCAACUUGGGGAGUUACAACGGAUUCUGUCGGUGAUCUGAAGUCGUUCAACUGACGUGGCCAAAAGCCAAUUAAAAGAAGUUUAUCAGUCAAGUUGUAAAUAAUAUAAAGAUGAAGCAGUUUCUGCUGCUCGGCCUUUUGCUCUUAGCAGGCAUAAAUCAGAUAGUCGCUGAUGAAGCGGACAACGUGGAGACGAUUGAUGUGGAUAUGGGUGCCUUUAAGGAAGGCUCUAGAACAGAUGCCGAAACGUUAAAACGGGAAGAAGAAGCUAUUCAAUUGGAUGGUCUUAAUGUGGCACAGCUGAAAGAAAUACGCGAAAAGGCUGAAAAGUUCACAUUCCAAACGGAGGUGAAUCGCAUGAUGAAGCUGAUUAUUAAUUCGCUGUAUCGCAACAAGGAGAUCUUCUUGCGCGAGUUAAUCUCGAAUGCCUCCGAUGCCAUUGACAAGAUUCGUUUGCUGGCACUAACCAAUAGUAAGGAACUUGAAUCGAAUCCGGAAUUGUAUAUACGUAUUAAGGCCGACAAGGAGAACAAAGUGUUGCACAUUUUGGAUUCGGGCAUUGGCAUGACGUAUCAGGAUCUUAUUAACAAUUUGGGUACAAUUGCCAAGUCUGGCACAGCGGAUUUCCUUGCUAAAAUGCAGGAUCCCAGCAAAUCGGAGGGACAGGACUUGAAUGAUAUGAUUGGACAGUUCGGUGUGGGCUUCUAUUCGGCCUUCCUGGUCGCUGAUCGAGUUGUGGUUACCACCAAGCACAACGACGACAAGCAGUACAUCUGGGAGUCGGAUGCCAAUAGCUUCUCCAUUACGGAAGAUCCACGUGGUGACACCCUGAAGCGGGGCUCCAUCAUUUCAUUGUACCUGAAGGAUGAGGCUCAGGACUUUUUGGAAGAGGAUACCGUGCGCGAUUUGAUUCGCAAAUACUCGCAAUUCAUCAACUUCCCCAUUCUGAUGUGGUCCAGCAAGACUGUCGAAGAGGAGGUGCCCGUCGAGGAUGAAGCACCCGAGACCGAAAAGACUGAAGAUGACGUUGAGGAUGCUGAUGAAGAUGCCAAGGUCGAGGAGGCUACUGAGCAGGAUAAGCCCAAAACAAAGAAGGUUUCCAAGACCACCUGGGAUUGGCUACUGAUCAAUGAUAGCAAACCCAUCUGGACGCGCAAGCCCUCCGAAGUCACCGAGGAGGAAUACAACGCAUUCUACAAGAGUCUGACUAAGGACUCUAGUGAGCCCCUAACACAAACACAUUUCGUAGCCGAGGGUGAGGUCACCUUCAAGAGUUUGCUGUACAUUCCAAAGAUUCAGCCAUCGGAAUCUUUCAAUCGCUAUGGUACCAAAUCCGACAACAUUAAGCUCUACGUGCGUCGUGUUUUCAUCACCGAUGAGUUCAACGACAUGAUGCCCAACUACUUGAGCUUCAUUCGCGGCGUGGUCGACUCUGAUGAUCUGCCAUUGAAUGUCUCUCGCGAAACUCUGCAGCAGCACAAGCUGAUCAAGGUCAUCAAGAAGAAAUUGGUGCGCAAGGUAUUGGACAUGAUUAAGAAGAUUGACAAGGCCACAUACGAGAAGUUCUGGAAGGAGUUCUCCACCAACAUUAAAUUGGGCGUCAUGGAGGAUCCCAGCAAUCGUUCCCGCCUGGCUAAGCUGCUGCGCUUCCAGAGCUCCAAUGGCAAGGGCGUCACCUCGCUGGCCGAGUACGUUGAGCGCAUGAAGUCCAAGCAGGAGCAUAUCUACUAUAUCGCCGGUGCCAACCGUGCUGAGGUCGAGAAGUCGCCGUUCGUUGAGCGUCUAUUGAGCAAGGGCUACGAAGUGCUGUUUUUGGUCGAGGCCGUUGAUGAAUAUUGCAUCUCUGCACUGCCCGAAUUCGAUGGCAAGAAAUUCCAAAAUGUUGCCAAGGAGGGCUUCAAGCUAAACGAGUCUGAGAAGAGCAAGGAGAAGUUUGAGUUGCUGAAGACCACAUUCGAGCCAUUGAUUAAAUGGUUGAGCGAGGUGGCCCUUAAGGACCAGAUUAGCAAAGCCCAGGUAUCGGAGCGUCUGAGCAAUUCGCCAUGCGCUUUGGUGGCCAGCGUGUUCGGCUGGACCGGCAACAUGGAGCGUCUGGCCAUGUCGAACGCCCAUCAGAAGGCCGAUGAUCCACAGCGUAGCUACUACCUCAACCAGAAGAAAACGUUAGAAAUUAAUCCCAGACAUCCGCUGAUGCGCGAACUCUUGCGUCGCGUCGAAGCCGAUGAGGCUGAUCAAACGGCCAAAGAUAUGGCUGUCAUGAUGUUCCGCACCGCCACUCUGCGCUCCGGCUACAUGCUGCAGGAGACGUCGAACUUUGCCGACAGCAUUGAGCGUAUGAUGCGCCAAACUCUGGGCGUGCCUCUGGACGAACAAAUUGAGAUCGAUGAAGAUGACAGUGAUGACACUGAUGAGGUGAAGGAUAGCAACGAUACGAGCAACACUGUCGAUGAGGACGACGAGGAGCAGCAGCAUGAUGAGCUCUAAGACACCAGAGGUCAACCAUCCCAUAUGUCCAUACUAUAACAUCCCACAUGCAAAAUAUAUAUAUGUAUAUGAAUUGUGUAAAUAUGCGAUUGUGGAAGACAGACUGAGUACGUACCCUACGCAUGUGCGCAGGUGAUACACUACCGUUGCAUCAACAGUACAUCAACUUAGAUACUUCUUUAGAUUUAAGAAU